GCAUCAAACUGCGAACAACUCCAUGGCCAUAGUUCAGAUAGAAUACGGUCUGAGCCUUGAGAGAUGGAUCCGAAAUCUGCAGAUUCACGUAAACGAUUACACCAACUGCCUAAGGACUCUAGUCUCGGCCAUUUAUUUCGCGAAACUAGGUAUGAUCCACCCUGAAUUGAUUAGUCCUAAAAGAAUCAGCGAGAUAGCAGAAAAGGUACGAAAACUCAACCCGGACAGUGAAUUCCCAGUACCACGAGGAGAGAUCCGAAGCGAGGAACUCGCGGCGAUUUCCUCGAUAAGGGUCGGACACGCUGAGAACCGCCUAAUCUUUGAGCUGCGAAUCCCGCUCCUGAUGCGUACGCAUUUCACCACCUAUAAAAUGCAUCCUUGCUCCGUGCUGCAGAAAUACGACGAACGCGACGACCAGUUUGCAUACAUAAUUCCUAAGAAUCCUUACCUAACCAUUUCAUCGGACCACGAACUAUAUAUGACUACUGACGACAUGUACAUGACACAUUGCAAGCAAUCACGACACUACCAAAUUUGCAGUCCCAAUCAACCACUUUUUAGGACUAUCUCCCAACCGACCUGCGAAAGUUCCCUCCUAACAGCUCCAACACAAGAAGCCUUAUCUUCGUGCGACAUACGACUAACCUCGACCUUAGACCCAGUAUGGAUAUAUCUAAACGUACUCAAAGGAUGGCUCUACUCAACAGCAGUAUCGGAACCUCUGAAACUAAUCUGCGACGGGAAUCUCACCGAAACGAUACCGCUCGGUGGCGCAGGAAUCUUACAAGUUCGCCCGGGUUGUAGUGCCCGCACGACCUACAUUUCCUUAACGGGAAUAGAAAUAAUUAAAGAUGCAGAACAAUACUUUUAUACACCAUCCGUGUCGCUCGAAGUUAGUAAUCUAAUACCGGAGAUACGCGAGCUCUAUCGUCAAAACCACGGCGAGCCCGCGCAACACUUGAACCCAGGACAAUCUGUGGGUACGAAAUACAAGCAGCGCGAAACAUCGCUGAACCAGCUGGUCACCGAGCUAAAUGAGAUGGAGACUCACCAUCGCGAGCGCACGGUGCACCGACCCCUCUUGUAUAGUGCAAUAGGAGGAACGGCCCUGCUGACUAUCGCGAUUACGCUUUAUCUCUUUAAAAUACAAACGAUGAGGGCAUGCGCCCAAGCCAUACGCUGUUGUCGACCCAAGCGGAAAUACGAUCCCGAAUCCGCCAGCGAACAAACACCCAGCGAUGAGUCAGCCACUCAGCAGACACCACCACCAGUAGUCCCCAAACGCACGCUCCCCGCUCAGUGAGCCUCCAAUGGAAAAUGCUAUGAAGGGACAGGAAAACCGGGAAAAACACCACUAGACACACACAGAGUAUACAUUCACACUACGAUAUACAUUUAUUAAAAAAAAAAAAAAUAUACAUAUUCUUCAACUAUACAACAUAAAACUAAUCUACAGGAAGACUGGGGCCGGACGUCUGUCCCUACCUCCCCCCUCCCCAGCCGGCGGUCAUUCUGUAACAGAAAAACAAAGGAGUAUUAGAAGGGGAAACAUCAGAAUGAAAAACAUGUAAAGACAUACGCUUAGAAUUUGACGCUUACCAUUAGUACCACCAGCUGUUCACAUCUACAGUGAACGGAGAUCGCCGAACAGGCGCCCGAAGGAAAAAAUGUCCUCCCCGCCCCAGUCCUCCUCCUCGAACAUCCGCCACCCGGAGAGCGCACCUCUCGCGUCUUGGCGCGCCCUCCGCUUAGCGACCAUAUCCGCCACCCUGAUGUAUCCAACCAACUAAAAAAAAAGGGGAGAUCCAAAUUAUACACACCACAAGCGCGCCCCUAAAACACCAGCACACAGGCAACACCAGACGAUCCUACUUACCGAAAUUGUAACUACCGCGAUGCCCAUCCUAGCUCCCUUUUAUUUUUCUCUGACACGGUCUUUAUACUUCGGAUGGCAGAACAAGAGUGAAGCUCAGGUCCACAUCCAACCGUUAGCAUAAAGUUAGAAAAGUGGGGAUCUUCGAUAUCAUCAGCAAAAUCACAGUCACAUCAUGCACCAUAUCACUUACCUCGAAGCACACACAAACCAAAAUUGUAAUGUAAACUACACUCGCGAACACCACCACGCAAAUUCUCGGAAACUCUGUAACACCAUUGAAAACGGGGAAAUUACAAUUAAUUUUUCCCGAAGAUGAAGAACGCAUGCCGAUUCGCGAGGAUCGGACAUAGGAAAUUGUUACGCCCACCACACCCACCUCAGACCCUGACACGCCUCAAGAAGACGUCACUCUCUACGCUCCCCAACGAAGAAGGAUGUCCACCUCCAAAUUCACCCGGAGGGACGAGAGGAAGCAUCACCAA